AUGUUGGAUGGCGACGAAACUCCGUCGGAUGGUAUACCAGAGGCGCAUAAAAGUUUCGCCAGUAUGGGGCUGGACGAGCCCGAUGACGAGGUCUUUGAAGAAGACGACUUCAGUACUUCAAGAUCGUUUCAUUCCCGGCUUGAUCAUCCUCAGCCUCACCCAGUCGAUUUGAAAGUGCGCAAAGAGAUAAGUGAUACGGGCUAUCGAGGAUACGUUGUGACAACACCACUGGCCCUAUCAGCAGCUGACGUUUCUGUAGAAGAGAUUCUUCACAAGACUAUCCUGGUUGGAGACAGUGGCGUUGGAAAGACUUCGCUCCUCGUCCAAUUCGACACGGGAACUUUCCAUCCAUCUUCGUUUGCUGCCACUGUCGGCAUUGGCUUUACGGUGAUGAUGCUGGGAGACUCAGGGGUGGGUAAAAGUUGCCUCUUGAUCCGCUUCAAAGACAAGACCUUCAUGUCGGGUUCUUACAUCGCCACAAUUGGUAUAGAUUACAGGAAUAAAGUACUCGUGGUUGACGGUGCCAAAGUGAAGUUGCAGAUAUGGGACACCGCCGGCCAAGAACGAUUUAGAAGCGUAACCCACGCCUACUAUCGCGACGCCCAUGCUUUGUUCCUUCUCUACGAUGUGACCAAUCGCAAAAGUUUUGAUAAUACUCGAGCCUGGCUUGCAGAGAUAAACGAAUACGCACAUCGUGACGUUAUCAUCAUGCUACUAGGGAAUAAAUGUGACAGCGAGGACCGCGUUGUGAAUCGUGAAGAUGGCGAACGACUUGGUCGGGAGUACAAGGUUAACUUUAUGGAAACAUCUGCCAAAACUGGCCUUAACGUUGACGUUGCCUUCACUGAAGUGGCCAGAGCGUUGAGGGAUAAACGUACAACAGUCAGCGCUUCGUACGGCGUCCAGGAAUAUGUAGAGCCAAGACAAUGGUCGCAAAAUGUCUGCUCUGCAUGCAGUACAUCCUGAACAAUGGUUUUCAAAGGAUAACUCAGACGGGAAAAUUGUUGUUGUAAAGAGUCGUGCAUUUUUAGGCUUCAACACAGAACGACGCAAAGGAAAAACUUUCCUCUCUCUCCUCCACAACAGGAAAAGUAAUAUUUCGAUUGGUGUUCAUCUGCAUUUUCCACCCGACUGUGUCAUUUUAAAUUAUUCGUGUAUAAAGAUUAUACGGUACACUUUCAUAAUGAGAAUGGCACCUUGUCCCAUAUGUACAAAAUUCGUUUUUCUCUUUAAAAAUUCUAAAUAACUGUUGCCGUAUUCACUUGUGGUACGUGGCUUCUGUAGCUUUAGACACAAUACACGCUGUAUGUUCGUCCGA